UUCGCGAUGGCCGAUCGCUCCAUAAUAUUUAGAUUUUGUCUCAAAACAACAAGUCGGUCGUUCGCAGGGGGGUCGUAGCACAUCGUCAGGCAAUCGGAACGCUAGGGGUAUCGUAUGAGACCGCCGGCGGGGUCCCAGAGCGGAGCUUUACACGCGGAUUUAGCGUCGGGGACCGGGUGUUUUUCUGCAGGCCUCACGGUCGCUGCUGCGCGGAGCGGCGGGCUGCUGCUCCCGAAUGAGCGGGCAAAGCGUCCUACCUCGGCCGGCUCGCUUUAUGGUCCGUAUCUGCUCUGCGUUGCCCCACCGAUCGUUAGCGGAGGGAGACGCGGCACACAUGUGACCGACACGUUGCGUGGAAGUGGUCCCGAUAAGGUCUUAUUUAACUCGGUGCUAGUGGAGCUGUAUGCUAACGCGUUAGCGGUGGCUUAAACCCGAGGAGCGAGAUGGCAGGAGGCGCCUGCCGCGCACAGGCUCCGCUAGCUGCCUAUAACCUAGGUCGCCGGACCGACUAACACGGUAAUCCCGUACGAGUGUUUGUGUCACAUAUGAGCAGUAUUUGUGUGUUUUUGAUGCGCUGUGCAUUAACGCUGAGGUCCUCCAGCGGUGGCUAACGCGCCUAGCUGCCGCUCGGAGGCGGUGACGUUGGGCGGCGCGUUGUUGUGACAGCGGGGAGCCGAUCCGAGUCCCGCGGUGGGAGAGUAACGGGUCGCCGCGUGUAUUCCUGAAAGGUCCCGAAAGGAGUUGACUUGUGUCUGUUGAGUGGCAUUCGUGAUGAUGCGUUGUUGUGACGCAGUUUAUGGCGUUUUGAUGGCAAGCUUGAAUAGCACAAUAACAAAGAAUACCAUUAAGCCCACUGCCACAACAACACCACGACACACGCUUUGGCACAGCAGUUGUGUGGUAUAAUUAUAACAGUUUAUCCGUAUAACGCACAUCUUGAAGUACAACAUGGGGUAUGUUCGUGGUGGAAAUCUUAUUGGGUGCCCAGAUUUUGUAUAGUUGAGCAGCAUCUUGGUGUUUCCACGUCCAGCUGUAGGAUGGAUCCAGACAGUGGGACUGAAUCACAACGAGCCCUCAGUUUGCAGUGGAAGAGCUACAAGCUUGUGCAGGACCCGGCAAUACGGAGGGUCACCCAAAAGAUCUACCGAUACGAUGGAGUGCAUUUCAGUGUGCCGGACCCCGAGUUUCAUCCGGUGGGAAAUCUGCAAGACCCCCGACCUCGCAGAAUCUGGUCCAGAUACACAGAGCUGUCCCUGCCAGUGCCCAAGUUCAAGCUGGAUGAGUUCUACAUCGGUCAGAUUCCGCUCAAGGAGGUGACCUUCGCCCGCCUCAAUGACAACAUCAAGGAGCCCUUCCUGGCCGAGAUGUGCGCCAAGUUCGGCGAGGUGGAGGAGAUGGAGAUCCUGUUUCACCCCAAGACCAGGAAGCAUCUGGGCCUGGCCCGGGUGCUCUUCACCAGCACCCGCGGGGCCAAGGACACAGUGAAGCAGCUCCACAACACCUCGGUCAUGGGCAACAUCAUCCACGCCCAACUGGACAUCAAAGGCCAGCAGAGGCAGAAGAUCUACGACCUGCUGGUCAGCGGCGCCUUCACCCCUCAGACGGUCCCCCUGGGGGGGAAGGCCCUGACGGAGCGCCUGCCCACCACGCAGCCGGUGACGCAGCCCGACACGUCUUCGGACAUCCGGCGGCGGCUCUCCAGCGAGAUGGUGGUCCAGGCGGCCGCCAUGCCGGCCCCCGCCCCCGGGAGCGUCACCCCGUGCUCCAGCGAACCGGGCUUCAGCGAGCAGCGGCUGGAAACGCCCCCUCCCUCGCACACGGGCCCCUUCACGCCGGCCUCCUCGGCCUCCUCUCAGGGGGGCGGCACUCCGUACUCGUCCCGUUCCGGAACGCCCUUCUCGCAGGACUCGGGCUACGCUGCCGGCGGAAGACACGCCGGCUACACGGCGGGGGCGCUAGGCAGCGGCUACCCCCCCCAGGACAUGCUGCCCUCCUCCUCCUCCUCCUCCGCCGUCACCUCCUCCGUGGGGGGGUACAAGGUGUCCCGAUACCCCGAGGAGCCCCAGGAGCCGUCCGGCUACCACCGGGGGCGUCCCAUGUACCCGCCCUACCGCCACAACGAGCCGCCCUGCUACCCCAUGUACCCCAACGCCGGGCCCCCGCCGGGGGGGCCCCACCACCUGUCCAUGCCCCCGCCCGCCUCGGCGCAGUACGAGGCGGCGCCGCCGUUGCCGCCGGCCGCCGCCGCCGCCGCCGACCGGGAGCGGGAGCGCGAGGCGGCGGGCGGGGGCCGCUACGGCGCCGGGGGGCGGCGCUCCUCCUUCCACCAGCAGGACACGAACUCUUCGUCCUCCUCGUCCUCCAAGCACCACUCCUCCUCCUCGCACCACUCGGAGCGCCGCGAGGAGCGCCGCGAGGAGCGGAGCUACCGGCGGGACAGCCUGGGCUCGCGCUCGGGGGAGCCGCCGGGGCACCAGCGGCACCGCAACCACCACCACCACCACUCCCACAACCACCACGGCGCGGCGGGCCGCCGGCGCAGCAGCCACGAGCGGGACCGCGAGCGCGACGCCGAGUUCGGCGGGCCGCGCCACAACGCCUCGGCCGCCUACCGCUCCUCCUCCAACAGCAUGUCCCCGCCCCCCUCGUCGUACCCCGCCUACCCGGCCUCCUCCAAGGAGCCCGGGGCGGCCGCGCCGCUGGAGCCCCCGCCCCCCUCCUCCGCCGCCGCCGCCUCGCGCCUGGGGGGGGGCGGGGUCGAGAGGGGCUCUCUGCCCGGCUCGGGCGACAAGGACUACCACGGCGGGCCCGUGCCGACGCCCACGCCGCCGCCGGCGCCGCCCCCGCUGCCCCCGGCCUCGGUCAUCGCGGCGGCGGUGGCGGAGACGCUGGGCUCGCUGGACUUCGGCCGGGACAGCCCGCCGCGCGAGGAGCAGUGGAGCAAGCCCAAGCGGCGGCCCAGCACGCCGCCGGCGGCGCCGCCCAAGACGCCGCCGGCGCCGCCCGGCUCGCCGCCGCUGCCGCCGCCGCCGCACUCCUCGGUGGCCUCCUCCUCCACCUCUCCGUCCUCCACCUCCCUCCCCCACCAGGGGCAGCCGCCCUCCCCGUCGGUCGGCUCCCCGCCGCCGCCGCGGGGGGACGGCUCCUCCUCCCCGGAGCCCGACUCGACCAAUGAGAGCCUGCCGUUCGUGUACCACAGCAGCAGCCUGGACUCGCGCAUCGAGAUGCUCCUGAAGGAGCAGAAGGCCAAGUUCUCCUUCCUGGCCUCGGACGAGGAGGAGGAGGGGGAGGAGCGGCAGAAGGCGGCGGCGGCGGCGGCCGGCGGUGGGGCGGGGGAGGGGGACGGGGGAGAGCAGCAGCGGAGGAAGGGGGAGGGCCGUCGGGGGAGGAAGCCUGGCAAGGGGGGCGACGGCAGGAAGAGCCCGCCGGUCAUAGCGGCCGCCAUGCCCUCCUCCUCCUCCUCCUCCACCUACUCCCCCCACAUCCCGUCAUCGGUCGACCCCCAGGCCGGUCUGCCCGGGGCCACGGGGGCCACGCAGGAGGAGGGGCCCCAGCCCGGCACCACGGAGCCCCAGAGGGUGGGGGCCAGAACGCCCCCCUACAACGGACAGAGCCAGUCGUCCCCCCACUCCUCGGGCGAGGACAUGGAGAUCUCCGACGAGGACGAGGCGGCGAGCGCCAUCACCACGGCGACGGGCCACCAGCCGACGGGCUCGCGGGCCUCCUCGCCGUCGCAGUCGUCGCAGGCCGCCCAGCGGGGGGGCGACCCCUCGGCCUCCCCACCGCCCCUCUCCGACCCCCAGCACUUUGGCUCCUCCAUGCACCCCUCCUACCCGCCCCACCUGCCGCCGGGCUACGCCCUGCCGCCCCCCCACAUGGAGCUGCACCCCGAGUACCCCCCACCCAUGCCCCCCCACAUGUACGACUACGCCAGCUCGGUGGAGCUCAUGAGCCAGUACAGCGGGGGGCCCCCCAUGUCCUUCCAGAUGCAGACCCAGAUGCUCAGCCGCCUGCACCAGCUGCGCGUCUCGUCGUCCGGCGCCCCGCCCGGCGAGGAGGCCACGCCCCCCGGCGACUACCCCCCCUCGUCCUACCACCACCACGCCAUGCCGCCGCACCUCCCCUACAUGGCCGAGGACGGGGGCGGCGCGGGGGGCAACGGCGGCGCCGGGACGCACUACGACCCGGAGCACCACUACAUGCCCCCCCACAUGGCGCCCUACAGCUACCCCGACCCCCACGCCUCGCAGCUGCCCCCCCACCACGGCAUCCCGCAGCCGCCGCCGCCGCACGCCGGCUGGCCCCCGCACGUCCUGCCGCCGCACUACCCGUCCUACCUGGCCCCGCCCCCGGGCUACGGCACCAUGCCCCCCGGGGAGGAGCAGGAGUACGGCGCCCCCGGGGACGAGCCCCCCCUGCUGACGGAGAGCCCCCACGAGGCCACGGUGCAGCUGGCGCUCGCCACGCUCAUCCAGGAGAUGAAGAACAUCAUGCAGCGCGACCUGAACCGCAAGAUGGUGGAGAACAUCGCCUUCGCCACCUUCGACGAGUGGUGGGAGCGAAAGGAGACCAAGGCCAAGCCGUUCCAGACCAUGGUGCGGGGUGUGUCGGCGCUGCGGGACGAGGAGAAGAAGGAGGAGAAGACGGCCAGCCGGCCACGGGACCCUCUGGUGUCCCUGGUGGACUGGGCCAAGAGCGGGGGGGUCGAGGGCUUCGCCCUGAGGGGGCCACUGCGCCUGCCCUCCUUCAAGGUCAAGAGGAAGGAGCCACAGGAGCUGGACGAAGAGGACAUGAAGAGGCCGCGACCUUCGACCCCGCCAGACGAGGAUGACGAAGGUGCGGAGAACCGACACUCCGACAGGGAACGCCACGGUGGGCCGGAGCGUGGCAGCAGCAGCAAGAGCCGGAAGAGGAAACCCAGGAACCGGAAGCCCUGGGAGCUGGACAGCGAGGGAGAGGAGACCUCCGACGGAUCGUCCUCUGAGAAGGAGGAAGGGGAGAGUGGUAAGGAGAGCGAAGACGACGCACUCAGUGCGGACAGCGAUGACGAGAGCCUAUCCUCCUCCUCCGGGGGCUCCUCCUCCUCCACCUCCUCCUCCGGCUCCUCUUCGGAGGACGAAGACGAGGAAGAGGAGGGGGAGCGGCUGGACAGCGAGGGGCUCGACACCAUGGACGAGACCACCCUGGACGGCACGCCCGCGGACCGCCACAAAGACGCAGACGGCAGGGAGAGUUCCUCAGCUACGGUUUCCAAAGCGGGCGAAAGACCAGCGUCCCGCGAAACGAAACCCAGCGGUCCGUCCAAGCGGCCCCCGUCGCCCCCCUACCCGAGGCCCUCCUCCCCCGUGGUCCUGCUGCCCCCCCUCAAGAAGCGCCGCAAGGCCGUCUCCUUCUCCACCGAAGACCCCGACGUCAAGCCGCCGCCGCCGCCGCCGGCCCCCCUGCCGUCCCGCUCCCCCCAGCAGGGGGCCGCCGACUCGCCCCUGCUCUCCCCCCCCCGGCCCCCGGACUCCCCCCUCUCCGCCGCCGGCGCCGCCCCCCCCUCCCACGCCGGCUCAGCCGUCCAGCUCCUCCCCUUCGCCUCCAAGCCCGGGGAGGGCAACGCCCUCACCGUGCCCCCGCACAGCCGCAACGCUGCCGCCAGCCCCGAGGACCACAGAAAGCCCCCCGCCCCCCUGGGGUCCCCGCAGAGGAGCCCCGGCAAGCUGCCGUGGAAACGGGGCAAGGAGUCUCCCAAGUCGCCCGUGGCCCCGCCCCCGGCGGCGGCGGCGGCCCCCCCGCCCGUCAUGGUGUGCCUCACCGUGCAGAACCUGCCGCCGGACCACGCCUCCAUGUGCCGGAUGGCCUACGAAGAGGCCCCGCCCCCCCCCCCGGUCAAGCGGGGCCGAGGGCGGUCCCCGGCGGCCCAGCGGGCCCCGGGCGAGGAGGACGAGGGCCAGCUGAGGCUCCGGGAGCAGCUGGGGGUGUCCAGCCUGCUGCAGCUGGCCACGGCCCCGCCGGGCGCCCCCCUGGCGGACGCGGCCCUGAAGGCGGACCCCGAGGCCGGCGACUCGGAGGAGACGGAGACGUCGGACGAGGCGGAGGAGCAGCGCAUGGACGAGGAGCUCUUCCUGUCCCCCGAGCCGCUGACGCUGGUCAUGGACGCCGAGGGCGUGGUGGUCCUCACGGAGCACAACUACUCCAAGCCCCCCGUGCUGCUGGCGCCCGCGCCCCGGCGGAGCUCCGCCUCCCUGAAGCAGGACCACGCCCCGCUGCUCCCCGCCGAGCUGGCCGCCAUCUCGGGCGUGCUGGAGGCGCCGGAGGAGGUGAUCGGCGAGGCGCCGCGGGGGGGCGACGGCGGCGGCGGUGGCGGCGGCGGGGACGACGAGCUGUCGUCGAGCGGCCCGCUGUACGAGGCCCGGGACGCCGUCGCCAAGGCGACCGCGCUGACCCCGCCCCACAAGAGGAAAGGGGCGGCGGCCAAGGGUCUGGAGGCGGAGAAGGACAAGAGCAAGAAGAGGCGGAGGAAAGAGAAGCCGGAGCGCAAGCCGGCCAAGAAGGGACAGAAGGAGCGGCCCGGCAAGAAGCAGAGGAAGGGGAAGCUGGCGGACUCGGAGGAGGACGUGGACGUGGAGGAGCUGGAGUCCGGCGAGCUGUCGAGCUCCUCGGAGGACGACGAGCUGGAGGACGUGAGGAAGAGCGAGCGCCUCUUCCUGCAGGAGGCCGGGGUCACCACCUCCUCCCAGCGCAAGACCGGCCCCCCCACCCCGACGGCGGCGGGCGGGCCUCUGACGCCGGCGCUGCCGCUGGUCCCCGUCAGCUUCGACACGCGCAGCGAGUACGAGCAGAUGACCAUCCUGUACGACAUCUGGAACUCGGGGCUGGACACGGAGGACCUGCUGUUGCUGAAGACCACCUACGAGAAGCUCCUGCAGGAGGACCACCGCACCGACUGGCUCAACGACACCCACUGGGUCGGCCACACCACGACCAACCUGCCGAACCCGCGCCGCAAGAAGAAGAGCGUGGAGCGGCUGCUGCGGGAGCACGUGACGGGCUGCGCCAGGAGCGAGGGAUACUACGCCAUCAGCCGCAAGGAGAAGGACGCAUACCUGGACCUGGACCUGCCCGAGCAGGUCCUGCUGGAGAUGGAGAACCUGGACAGCAUGGGUACCAACCGGCUGCUGUCGGAGCGCCGCUCGGAGCAACGCCGCCUGCUGACGGCCAUCGGAACGCCCGCCGUCAUGGACUCUGACCUCCUGAAGCUCAACCAGCUUAAGUUCCGUAAGAAGAAGCUGCGGUUCGGGCGGAGUCGGAUCCACGAGUGGGGGCUGUUCGCCAUGGAGGCCAUCGCCGCCGACGAGAUGGUCAUCGAGUACGUGGGCCAGAACAUCCGACAGAUGGUGGCGGACAACCGGGAGAAGCGCUACGCCCAGCAGGGCAUCGGCAGCAGCUACCUAUUCCGGGUCGACCACGACACCAUCAUCGACGCCACCAAGUGCGGCAAUCUGGCCCGCUUCAUCAACCACUGCUGCACUCCCAACUGCUACGCCAAGGUGAUCACCAUCGAGUCCCAGAAGAAGAUCGUCAUCUACUCCAAGCAGGCCAUCGCGGUCAACGAGGAGAUCACCUACGACUACAAGUUCCCCCUGGAGGACAACAAGAUCCCCUGUCUGUGCGGCACGGAGAACUGCCGCGGCACGCUCAACUAGAACCUCCUCCUCUUCCUCUUCCUCUUCCUCCCUCCUCCUCCUCCCUCUCCCUCCUCGCCCAGAAUCUCACCUUCUUCCGUCCCUGGUUCGCAUUUCGGUCGGGCCCACCCAAGGGUAGUGUUCCUCGCCAAGCCCCACUCCCGCCCCACCUGUGGUUUACACAGCUUGAUCCAGGAAACAGAGAUGCACACACUUGCACUUUUGACACAUGCGGACGCACACGCGCUUGCCCGCUUCCUCUGUUGCCUAGCAGUUCCCGGCAUUAUUGCAUCCGUCUCCGUCCCCGUCCCCCCCCCAUCUGUCAGCGUGUGGUGUGCCAAACUCACCAGGGGGGGCGGGAUUUACCUUUAUUGCGAUUUUCCGUUCCCUCCUUCCUUACCCACAAACAACCUACCCAGGAAGUGGUGUGUGUGUGUGUGUGUGUGUGUGUGUGUGUGUGUGUGUGUGUGUGUGUGUGUGUGUGUGUGUGUGUGUGUGUGUGUGUGUGUGUGUGUGUGUGUGUGUGUGUGUGUGUGUGUGUGUGUGUGUGUGUGUGUGUGUGUGUGUGCAUCUGUGUGUCUGUGUGUGCAUCUGUGUGUUUGUGCCUCUUCCUCACACAUACGCACACUGACAUCCGCGCAAAGGAAAAAUGCGUAACAAAUUCAGGGUUUUAAAAAAUAGAAAAGAGGCCCACCUUUCCGGCCAUUGAUUUUAGCAUAACCUCCUCGGUUCAAGUAGGUCUUCAGUUAUGCAAGGUCUUUCGAUUAUGAAGAUGAUUUCGGAGCUUUUUUUUUAACUUUUAGCUUUAUCUUGGGUUCAGUUACUUGGUAUUCAACAUGAGUAUUCUCCUUGUUCUGGUUUAGGUUGCGUUAUCUGUAAGUGUCUUGCAGCCCGAGAAGGGGGGUCACACCGGUACCACGCCCUCCUCUCCCCAGCCCCCCCCUCCCUCCCCACUCUGUACCAGAGGAUGGGACAGUUUUAUACGUUAUAGUUUUAUCGUUGCAAAUGUUACAAAAAAAAUGAGAAUAGUGGUGGACGAUGACAUGAGUUGGAGCGAUACGUUUCACAUCGUCCGCCGUGUGGGUUUAGUGUUGGCCAGGUCGAGGCCGUGUCACUGAGGUUUAGUGUCUAACCAGUUCUGUGAGGUUCCCCCUUUUUCUUUGUGACCCCCCCCCCCCCCCCCCCCCCACGGUAGACCCCUGUUCUCUGGGUCUGGACAUUACCCCGGCCACGAAGUCAACCGCUAUAUCAGUCCGCUCCUCUCCCUCCGACACGUUCAAACGACCCGCAAUUCCGACCAAACUCCACCCCUAGUCUGUGUUUCCCGUUCAUCUGUUGCUCCCUGAGAUGGGAAUGUCCUGUUUUUGUUUUUGUUCGAGGUGAAGUGUAUCGUAAGG